ACGCCCUUUGGCCAGUUUGGUUGAAGGCGUAGAUUUUUUUCCGCUGCCUGAAGCUCAAAGCGUAUCUACUCGGAGUGGCGGAUCGGAACCACCUAGCUAACUAAAGGUGUCCCUGUCUGGAUAACAUACCUGUACCUCCAUUCACCUGUCCAACGAUUAGAAAUAACUAUCGUUCUAAACGAUCUAUCCCCACAUCUUUGUCCCCUUCCUUCCCCUCUCUUGGGACUGUAUUUGAAACUGCGAGUGACAGUUUGAACAUCAAAUAACACAUAAAUAUGGAGAAAACGGAGCUGAUUCAGAAAGCCAAGCUGGCGGAGCAGGCUGAGCGUUACGACGACAUGGCUUCGUCCAUGAAGGAGGUAACUGAAAAGGGGGCUGAGCUGUCGUGCGAGGAGAGGAAUCUUCUCUCAGUCGCCUACAAGAACGUUGUCGGGGCCCGGAGGUCCGCAUGGCGGGUCAUCUCCGCAAUCGAGCAGAAGACCGAGGGCAGCGACAAAAAGCUUCCGAUGGUCAAGGAGUACCGGGAUAAGGUGGAGACCGAGUUACGAGACAUCUGCAACGAUGUAUUGGGUCUGCUGAGCAAAUAUUUGAUUGAAAACGCUCCUAAUGCGGAGAGCAAAGUGUUCUAUUUGAAGAUGAAGGGAGACUACUACAGAUACCUGGCUGAGGUGGCCUCCGGAGACGACAAGAAGGGGACGAUAUCCAACUCUCAAGACUCUUACCAGGAGGCGUUUGACAUCAGCAAGAAGGAGAUGCAGCCCACUCACCCCAUCCGCCUGGGCCUGGCCCUCAACUUCUCUGUCUUCUUCUACGAGAUCCUCAACUCCCCAGAGAAGGCCUGCUCACUGGCCAAACAGGCCUUUGAUGACGCCAUCGCCGAGCUCGACACGCUGAGCGAAGACUCGUACAAAGACAGCACCCUCAUCAUGCAGCUGCUUAGAGACAACCUCACACUAUGGACAUCUGACAACGCAGCAGAUGAGCCAGAGGCUGGAGAGGAAGGAGAGAACUGAGAUGCUCCUCGUCCUUCCUCGCCAAGAAAAAUAAUACAUAAUGGAAAAUUAGAAAAAAAACAUAUUUUACACGUCUUCAUUCCUUAUUGUUCCACUUGAAAUUAUUCUAGUAAUGAACGCCCGUCGUUACCAUGGAGCUGUCAGUGUGUGGGAAAUGUCAAUCAUUUUUGUUUUCACCAUGACUCAGCUUUUUGGUAUGAAGAAAAGCUCAAUUAAUUUAAAGUAAAUAAUAUCGCCAUUCCUGAAUUUGUGUUUGUCCCGGCCUUCCUGAUGUGCAGUUUCUGCUGCAGAAAAGUAUUUGCUUCACUUUAACAUCAACAUUAACUGUCUGUUCAACAU